ACCUAUUGACGCGUUGUGACCAGCGUGACGGCGGCACCAGCCGAGCGCUGUCCGCUCAAAACGAAGAUGGUGGUCGACAUGGAGUUACAGGAAGCAAAAGAUAAUGUCCUUCAAUUAAUGAAGGAGAAAGACAAAAUUGAAUCGGAUCUACGAGCGUUGAAAGAGGUCUUAGAUUCCAAUCAUAUCGGCAUGGACGAGCCACUAGUAGACACCGAGGGAUAUCCCAGGCAGGACAUCGACGUCUAUCAAGUGAGACACACAAGGCAUAAAAUAAUAUGUCUUACGAACGAUCAUAAAGAUUUGAUGCAGAAGAUAGAGGAAGGAUUGCACAGAGUCCAUGCUCUAGCAGGAUCAAAUAAAGUGGAACAGCCAAUAUCCAAUGUAUCUGACAUGCAAGAGACAGAAGUGCUGGAACCUUUCCUCAGGGUGAAUCUAGUUUCACCAGGUUCGCCAGCAGAGACUGCGGGCAUCCAAGUCGAGGAUCUGAUACUGGAAUUUGGAUCUAUUCAUUGCCGAAAUUUCAAAUCUUUGACAGAUAUUGGAAAGCUAGUAGAAAACAGCAGAUACAAGACAGUCAAUGUAAAAAUCAAACGUGGAUCAAAUAUUAUAGCUCUGUCAUUAACUCCACGACCCUGGGUUGGCAAAGGUCUUCUGGGUUGCAACGUGAUACCUGUAGAAGUAGUUGAAAGAUAAAAUUAUAUCAUUGAGCAGCAUGGAAUUAUUUUUUUAGCCUGCAAACUGUUUCUAUGUAUAAUGUAUUUAACAAUAAAUGUAUCUUUGUAAGUUAUUACCCUUAA